AUGAGAUUACAACCACAGCCACAGCCACAACGUUGGUCACCACGUGAACCCGGUACAUACAAAGUAAAUUAUGACGAGGCAUACUUUGCGGAGGAAGAAGAAGCAGGAAUUGGUGUCGUAGUGAGGAACGAACUGGGACAGGUGAUGGCGUCCUUAGCAGAGAAGUUUGUCAUGCCUCCAACAGUGGAAAUUCUUGAGGCUAUGGCAGCAAGGAGGGAUAUGAUCUUCAUGGACGAAUUGGGUUUGCGUCGGGCCAUUUUUGAAGGAGAUUUGGAGACUGUUGUUAAGGCAUUAUCAGGGGACUGCCCAUAUCGGUCUAGUAUUGGGCACAUUGUAAAAGAACUCUAUAUUUAA